AUGCUUGCAAAGUGUGGCCUCACCAAUGCAAGCCUAUACAUUUUCUCAAACACCCAUGAUAAGAACAUCAUCACAUGGACCACCCUCAUCACCCACUUCUCUCAAUCCCACAACCCCUUCCAAGCUCUCACCAUCUUCUCCCAGAUGAGGCAUAGUGGGCCCCACCCAAACCAAUUCACCCUGUCCACCAUACUGCCUGCUUGUGCCCAGACCACAGUCCCUGCCAAUGGGAAACAGAUCCAUUCAAUCGUGAUCAAACAUGGGUUCGAAUCUGACAUCUUCGUCGGCAGUGCGCUGAUCGACAUGUACAUGAAAUGCACUGAUUUGGACGCAGGAAGAAGGGUGUUUGAUGAAAUGCCCCAGAGAAACUUGGUUUCUUGGAACGCAGUGAUAGUAGGUUUUGUGCAGAACAAGGUUUACGACAAAGCAGUUAGAGUGUUCUGUGAGCUUCUUAGGGAGCAUUCAGCUGGGGCUGCGGAUCAAGUGAGCUUCUCAAGCAUUUUGAGCAUGUGUGCACAUGUGGGUGGUUUGAGUUUCGGCAGGCAGGUGCAUGCUCAGGUGGUUAAGCUUGGCUUGAAGUCUUUAGCAUAUGUUAGGAAUUCAAUGGUUGACAUGUAUAGCAAAUGUGGGUGCUUUGAAGAUGCUUUGAAGCUGUUCAGUGGCUCUCAGGACAGAGACACUGUGACUUGGAAUGUCAUUGCCAUGGGUUGGGUCCAAAAUGACUGCUUUGAGGAGGCUUGUAACUGUUUCUGGGUCAUGAGAAGGGAAGGGAUUUCGCCCGAUGAGGCGUCAUUCUCAACAGCCCUCCAUGCCGCCACAGGCCUUGCGGCAUUGGAUCAAGGGACUUCAAUACAUGACCAGAUUAUCAAAAUUGGUUUCAUAAGAAAUCUGUGCGUGGGAAGCUCAUUGAUCACAAUGUAUGCAAAGUGUGGAAGCUUGGCUGAGGCAUAUCGAGUGUUUGAAGAGAUCAAGGAUCGUAAUGUUGUGUCUUGGACAGCGAUGAUCGCAGCGUGCCAACAACAUGGGUGUGGAGAUCGAGUCAUCACGUUGUUUGAGGAGAUGCUAGCAGCAGGGAUCGAACCUGAUUACAUAACAUUUGUCUCUGUUCUCUCGGCUUGUAGCCACAACGGGCUCAUUGAGGAAGGAUUCCGAUACUUUGAUUCCAUGUCUAAAGUCCAUGGGAUGAGGCCCAGGCCUGAGCAUUAUGCUUGCAUGGUCGAUAUCCUUGGCCGAGCUGGCCGGUUGGAUGAAGCAAAGAGGUUCAUUGAAUCAAUGCCAGUUGAGCCAGAUGCAACAGCAUGGGGAGCUUUGUUAGGGGCUUGCAGGAACUAUGGGAAUCUGGAAAUGGGAAGAGAAGUUGCGGAGAGGCUGUUCGCAAUUGAACCAGAUAAUCCAGGAAACUACAUUCUGCUUUCAAACAUCUAUACAAGCUAUAGAAUGUUGGAAGAAGCUGAGGAUGUGAGGAGAUUGAUGGGGGUGAAUCGGGUGAGGAAAGAGACCGGAUGUAGCUGGAUCGACAUUCAGAACACUACCUACGUAUUUACGGUGCAUGACAAAUCACAUUCUAGGACACAUGAGAUCUAUGCAAUGUUGGACAAGUUAGCAGAACUGGUGAAGAUGAAUGGGUAUGUGGCAGAAACCCAAUUCGCCAUCAAUAGUGCUGGAGAGUACAAGGAGAAGAGCUUGUGGUAUCACAGCGAGAAACUAGCACUUGCAUUUGGUUUAAUAAGCAUGCCAGUUGGCGCUCCAAUUCGGAUAAAGAAGAAUCUGAGGACUUGUGGCGAUUGCCACACGGUUAUGAAGCUUGUUUCAGAGAUUUUCGCACGGGAGAUUGUUGUUAGAGAUAUCAAUCGGUUUCACCAGUUCACCAAUGGUUCAUGUUCCUGUGGGGAUUACUGGUAG